AUGAAGUGUCUCCAGCUCGCCCUGGGCCUGGCCCUUGUGUGUGGCCUCCAGGCCAUCGUCAUCCCCCAGAACAUGGAGAAUCUGGACCUACAGAAGGUGGCUGGGAUGUGGCACUCCAUGGCCAUGGCGGCCAGCGACAUCUCCCUCCUGGACUCCGAGGCCGCCCCCCUGAGAGUGUACGUCCAGGAGCUGAGACCCACCCCCGAGAACAAUCUGGAAAUCAUUCUGCGCAAACGGGAAGACGACAGGUGUGUUGAGAAGAAGGUCUUUGCGGAGAAAACUGAGCGUGCAGCCAAGUUCAGCGUCAACGAUCUGGAGGAGAACGAGGUCUUCGUGCUCGACACGGACUACGACAACUACCUGUUCUUCUGUAUGGAGAACACGGGCGCCGCCCAGCUGAGACUGACGUGCCAGUACCUGGCCAGGACCCUGAAGGUCGACAACGAGGUCGUGCAGAAAUUCGACAGAGCCCUCAAGACCCUGCCCGUGCACAUCCGGCUCUUCCUCAGCCCGACAUGGGUGGAAGGUGGGGGCAGCGGCCACCUGCUCUGCCCAGCCAUGUCCUCAGAGACCCCAGAGCUGACCAGCCCCCGCCAGCUUUCCUGCCGCUCCUGGGCUCUCAUCUGCACCCUGGCCCGCAGGGUCAUGCAGCUCGCAGGGCCCCAGGAGAGGGUGGUGGGCCAGCGGCUGCUGGAGUCCGCUCACCUCCCAGGACAGUGGAAGGGGAGGAGGGGGAGGGCGGUCCUGGCUCAGACGAGCACCUGCCGGGAGGAGAAGCUGAGCUCCCAGGGGUGA